AUGGCCUCCACUGCCCAACUCGCAAAGGAAAAGGGUAACAAUGCGUACAAGGCUCAGGACUUUGAAACUGCGCGACAGUGCUAUAGUCGAGCCAUGGAGCUGGAUCCUAGCGACUUCGUAUGGUCCGAGGCAGAAUUUGACGCGUCUAAGACUCUGGAACUCAAGCCGGGAGAUAUGAAGGCGUUUUGGAGGAGAAGUAUCGCACGAAGGGAGCUGGGUGAUUAUCCAGGGGCACGUCAAGACAUGAAAUCGCACGUUGACGCAGGUGGAAAACUCAAGGAUUUAGUCGAGGAGAACGCAAAGACCGCUGCGAUAGAGGUGGCCACCAUGCUAGCAUCUACGUCCGGGGGCUCCUCGCUACCGGAUGGCCUCGGCAUGCGAGAUUCACCGGGCAAGAGCAUCGGCAUGUUUGCCACUCGUGCGUAUCAACGUGGAGAACUCAUACUCGCCGAACAUCCUCUCUAUAUCGUCACCCGCACCUCCUAUACUCAAAUAUUAUCCGCCGUAUCUAAUCUUCCCCCAAUCAAGAGCGAGAAUCGAAGGGCAGAGAUCAUGAGGCUAUGGCGCCGUUUAUACGAGGUUUUCCCUCCACAGCCAUUUCAAGAGCUUAUACAGACCAUCGUGCGCGCGGUUCGCCUGAUGGAGGAGGAAGGUUAUUUAGCUGAUAUGAUUGACUUCACGAACCACGCCGCUCGCAUUUGUGCGAUACAGUCGGAUUGGGAGUCAGUCAGGUAUUGGGCGCGGAGGACGUAUGAAUCUAGAUUGGCAGAAUUUGGCGGAGAUAGUCCGAAGCUGAGCGUUGAUGAGACGAUGACAGUCUUGUUGGACCCUAUGCAUUUCAGCUUGGCUGGCAAGGCGCCAUUCAGUGCGCCUUGUAAUCUGCGCGUUUGA